GCAUGGACUGACCGUGCAGAGUCAAGCAGCAGUCUGACACAAGUCGGUGACUGUAGUGCGUGUGCUACAGCAGUGCCAUGGAUCGCUUCAGGGGAGUGCUUCUGGGCAUUGCGAAUGCCUUGCUUUGUAUCCAGCACGCUGCAUCCUUUGCCGUGCAGCAGCCCAUCCUAGCAUCACCAUCGGUGCAGCAUCAUGUAACCACGGCAGCGGGCAGGGCUAGCGGAAGUGCCCUUGUGAUGCUGAGAUCCCGUGGUGACCAAAGAAGGCGCGGUGGAAGCAGCAGGAAUAGAAGAGACAUCUCCAGGGGUGCAGCAGCGGUGACCACGCUUCGAAUCAGCGAGGAAGACAGAGAGAGAGACCUCAAAUUUGAACGCGAACUCGAUCGAGAUGCACAGCGAUGGAUCAACGGUGAUGCGAAGAAGCAGGAGCUCUGGAACAAGGCCAAAUCUUGGCGGAACCUCAAUAAAUUGCUCCUUGCGCGCGAGGAGGCAAUGUCGGAGCUAGAAAGAGAAACACUUCGAUACUUCCUGAAGGACGUGCAGACUGUCACGGGAUUACCUCUGGUGGAGGAAAACGAGAUCACCCCGCUGGCCUGGUGCAUCACCCUGACAAUUCAGUUAAUGCCCCUCGCUGCCAUUUACAUCAUCGUAUUCUCGAUCGCGACGGAGAACAACCCGCAGCCUGUCUUGGACGCAGCGCAUCCCUUCUGGGCAUGACGCAAAGGCCCGCUACUCGACUUAACUUGCUAGAGAUGUUGGGGGAUCUAGCUGACUCCAGCACGUAAUUCGUUACUAUAUUGUAAGUAGUUGUUCGAUUAGGGCUGCCUGUGUGUCCGUUGUAGUUGCUGUAUUGAUUCCUACUGUUCGUUUUACUUUUGUUUUCCCCACCCCUCUUCGUACUUCGUGCCAAUCGUAGAGAGAGAGGUGAACGAGUCGUCGGUCGUGGCGAAGACAUACAGCAGUAGCGGGAUUCUGGUGGAAUCGUUAUUUGCCAAUUUUUUAUGGUGAACGAAACAGCGUAUGUGGACGAAGAAAUACUGCAUGCUUACCGCUUUCAGUUGGACUGCUUCUGCAGGGGGGCGGGGGUUACGACGGUUCUGACACGCUGAGCUGCUCGCGAGUCGGAUGAGGGUUUCGCUGAGAGGUUCGAGGUUGGGGUGGUAUAGUUUUCUCGCGUGCUCAGCCUC